CUAUAUAUAUGUGCUUGUGUUCUCUCCUUUCUAUAUAUAUUAUAUGAACACAUUUAUAUAGAGAGGAAGGGAUAUAUAUAUAUAUAUGAUAAUGAUGAUCUCUUCUAAUAAAACCAACAUCUCUAUCUGAAUCAUGGCAAAGUUGUGCCUGAAGAAGGCAGUACUGGUAAGUGUAUACGAGGAGAAACCAACGAAGAGAAGGGUUUCAUCAACCAACCACCGCCACCAUCAUUACCACCCCCACCACCGUUACGUUCAUCACAGCAUCCAACAAGAAAGGGAUGAUGAUAGCCCUACUGGUAAAGGAUACAAUAGAAGAGCUGAGCUUCUUCUCUACUCUCAACGCCUCAGGCAUUCUGUUCGUCCUGCAGAAUCCUCUCACUUGUUGGAUCCAAAGUCAACCUCUUCCACUUCCAACAUCCUGCAAUCUGCAGUCAAUGCGGUUGCUGUCAAAAGAAAACCAAAAGAUAAAAGGACUCCCAAUUGUCUAGGCAACUGGAAAAUCUUAAGUCUCAAGUUCUGCAGAUCUUUGACGAGUGUCCAAGUCAAGAAAGAAAAUAAGAAAAAGAAGCAUACUGGAUCUACAAGCAAUGCUAUGAAAGUUGUCAUGAAAAGCCUAGAGGUGCAAAAGAAGAGGGGUUUCAUUUCAAAAUUGCUGUGGCAGAAGCAUGAGAAAUGAUGCAUUUAUAACAAAACAAUUGUUCAUUUAUGUAUUCAUAUUAAACAUCAUGAAAUGUAAUUAGCAGCACAUUCUUUUUAAUUUCUUCAUAAUUAUGUUUCCCUAUAGUUUACAUGAUUUGUGAUCUCUUUUUUUUCUAGCAUAUGAUGAAAUAAAGGAAAGAAAA